GUUUACUGUCUUCGUAGAAGAUGGAAUGACGACUUGUCCUGUAUAUCUUUUGCCUUCGAUUCAUUGACUUCCCUCGGUGGGGCAUAGAUUAAACCUACUAACUGUUAUAUCCAAUUACCAUCCCUUUCUGGGCUAAAUCCAAGAGAAGCCUGUUUUUCCCUGGCCGCCAUGUUCGAGGCCGUCAAACGCCCUAGGGUAUUGCAAAAUGGCUAACACGAGUUUAUUAACAUUUGGCUUAACUCCAGAUCCAAGUUUUAAUGUGUUCUUCUUCCUUGAGCUCGUCGUCUCGUGUAUACUAGUACUAUUCUUCUUGCUAUACUUCAAUCGCCUAUUUGCGACCCUCCUCUCGUACGGCAUCCGCGCUUACACAUGGCAUUAUUAUCGCGUAUAUGUCGACAUCAAUGCGCUCCAAAUCUCUUUGCUUGGAGGACGGAUCUUCUUCAAGGGUGUUCGGUACCAUGGCGUGAAUGAGACAAUCUUUAUCCAUGGAGGCUUUAUAACAUGGCGUUACUGGAGGCGAUCAGUGAGGAAGACAGAUCUUUUUAACUUUAACCCAUAUGGAAACGAAAGGGGGGAUGAUGCUCGGCCAGUCGGAGACGGUGAGAGCGAUGCUGCUAGAGACAGUGGGACGAAGGAACAAGGAGGUUUGAAAGGCGCCGACUCCCUUCCCUGUCGUAUUACUGUUAAGUUCUACGGGCUGGAGUGGUUCGUGUACAACAGAACACCAGCCUAUGACGGUAUUCUGGCAGGUUUCAACCCUCCAGGACAGCCAGCGGGCUUCACCAAACCGCAGUACCCAGGAAGCAGCUCUCUGGAUCCUGAACUGAAAGAUAAUAUGGCUAGAAACUCUUCUAUCAGCGAAUCUGCCUCCCCGAGAACAUCUCAAGCGGGGAACGCUCCAGGACGCAGUAGAACUGGCGGGGACACAAUUGGCUCUCACAUCAUUGAAGGAUCCGGCCAGGAAGUAGGUGACGGGCUUUCGAGGUUACUCCGACUUCUGCCUUUAAAGCUGGUGUGUGACAAGGGAGCUAUCGUGAUUGGCAACGAAAAUACCAGGUCUGUUCUGACAACAACCUUUGAUGGAGCCACGGGAUUAGUCGAAGUAUGUAAUUCUGGACCACUCGAUCUAUAUCGGCAAUCAUUCACUUUUCAGUUCACCCAUCCAGUUGUUCAGAUGCGCCCAAAUCCAGACUUUAAGCAAAACCAACUUUCUGCCGCGAAGGGACUAAGUUCCAUGCGGGAAGACCAGCCAGGGACAAAGCGCAAAAGGGAUACGAUCUUCAACUAUCAGUUUCAAAAACGCAGAGUAUGGUAUAGUAUCCGUGAUCUUAUUCCAUACUUCCAAACAUCCGUGGAAUCCUUUCAUGUUUCCGAAAAGCAUGAAGAUACGGCACCGAGGACUCAAGGCGAUCUUCGCAAUGAUGCCCAUUGGGUUGGUCUUUCCCGUUACCUAGAUGAAACCAGUCAAGAUGAUCACGAGGAAUGGAAUUCCGUCGAAUAUGCUAGAUUCUCUACUAUUCUAGAUAGUCCUGUUAUCACUAUAACAUAUUAUUGGGACAUCCCUGGGUGUGUUAAGCACCAACAAUUACCCCAAGAAUUACCGCCCCGAGAAGGAUCCUUGGGUAUCAAUGGAGCGCCUCCCCCAGAAUGGGGCAUUGAUGUCAAGGUCGAAGGUGGUACUAUUAAUUAUGGCCCCUGGGCCGAUCGCGAACGCAUCGGCUUGCAAAAUGUUUUCUUCCCCAACUCUUACCGAAACUCUCAACCAGCAGAGCCUUUAUCUUCAGGCGAUCUACGACAGAACUCCAUCUUCAAACUGCGAGUGGAGACCACUGAAGAGCUGACAUUGCGUAUUCCAACAAAGGAGCCUUCUAAAGACUGGCAGUGGAAAGGUCGCGCUGAUGCGAUACGAGGCGCAUCUAGAGCUAAGAAACAGCAACGUCGGAGACAGUCAAGGGCAGCAGACAGUGAUAAAGGUCACAUUGGCCCCGAGAUCCGCCCUUUCGGAUGGCUGUCCCUUCGUGUUGCUGGCGAUUCGACCAUAAAUUACGGCAUGGAUAUGGUGGCCUCUAGGGCUGGGUAUUUCAACCAACUUGAUCUAGACCUUCGAGAUUCGACGAUGUCGUCAAGCGUCAACCAUGCAAUAUUGUGGAAAUGUCCUCAGCAGCUUAUCAAGUGUGAUCUUUCAGUUCCCCUUACCUGGAACGAUCUUCGUACUUGGAAAUUCGAUGUCGAAAGCCAUGGUAUGGAGUUGUUUCUGUUGCGAGAUCACAUUUUUCUCUUGACAGAUCUUGUCGCCGAUUGGGCAUCCGGCCCUCCAUCUGAAUACUAUACAUUCGUGCCGUUCAUCUACAAAUUGAGCCUUUCUUUUGUAAACCUACAAUUGUUUGUGAAUGUCAAUGACUUGAAUAUCAUCAGUAACCCUUCCGACCUGGACGACAAUCGCUUGCUGGUGAUCAAAGGAAGAAGACUAACGUCUGAUGUUUUGAUUCCUUCGAACAAAUAUAAACCAGAGCAGAAUUCCGUGGAUUUCUAUGUCCGUCUCGAUGAUGCUGGCAUAGACUAUUUGAGCCCGCUGUGGGAUACACUUCACACCUUCUUGCAGGAUAAAUCGGCUGCCACGCUGAAGAGCAUGGCCAUUGUUGGAGCUUAUAGCUAUUGCCUUUCCACAUCCUCUGAGUUGACGGAUACGCUAUUUCUGAAUAUCGAGGGGCUGUCCCCUAAGCUCUAUUUGUUCGGUUUCUUGAUCCGAUCUUUUCUGACAAUCAAAGAAAAUUACUUCGGAGAAGAUAUGCAUUUCAAGACUCUCGAAGAAUUCCAAGAUCUUGCCUAUGCAGAGGGACCCACAGAAUCGCAUAACGGGGUCAAUCCUAAAAAAAAAACAAAUGACCUGGAUGUUAUCGUGCAUGUCACUGUGGACAACCCUUGUGCUCUGCUCCCACAAGGUAUAUAUGAUAAUCUGAAUUGCUUAAGACUCACUGCGCCUUCCUUGGAGAUCGACCUGCGAUUUACUAAUUACUACAUGGAUUUGGAAUUUUCAAUUGCUCCUCUAAAAGUGUGUUUGCAGUCCCAAUUGGCUGGACAACCCCCCAGAAUAUCUGACUCCCAGUUAUUCAUCGAUGGAGUUUCUACUCACGGUCAUCGCUUGUUUGGGUUGCCCCCUGCCGAGCCAACGUAUGUCUGCAACUGGGACUUCAAGCUAGGUCGGAUUAUUGGAGAAUGUUCCACAGAGUUCAUAGCCUGUUUAGGGCCGGCUCUGAAGAGUUUUGACUUUUCCUUCGAUAACGAAGAGAAUGCACUCCCUCCCUUGUUUCCAACUUCUCUCCAUGACGUUACGUUUGUUAGAGCGAAAAUCGACAUGAUUCAUGUCUCUGUACAUUUAGACAAGGCGGCCUUGAUAUUGAGCUCCGGGCCGGUGACAACAAGUUUUAACGACUGGGCGAAUGCUAGGUUUUCAAAGCGCAUGAGCCUUCUCGUCCCAGAACUCUCUAUCGCUGCAGUGGAUGCCAAAAUCGUUGGUCGACUGGGACACUCAACCCAUACUGAGGUGGUUCCUUUAGCGCUGUUUGAGACCACGGUCAACCUUAAGAUGGUUCAGCGAAACAAUAACAUUGUGGAAAGCCGAAGGUUACAACAGGAGCAUAUCAAAGUACAUGACCAAAGGACUCAGCGGACACCAUGGCUUCUAUUCGACUGGGAGGGAAUUGACCCCGACUCAACACAUUUUAAUGAUGAUAACCUAGCAUUGCCGACUAUCGCUAUACCUGCAAUGCCCGAGCCUAUUAUUAAGCGCAUAAACAUGGCAAAUCUGUCAGCAAAGAGAAGUGCUUUCUCGGAUGACAACAGUUACGCAAGCUCUGGAGGCUUUCUUAUUUCCUCAGAUGCCUCAAGUGUGCGAAAUGAGCACAGAAGAAGAAAGCGUAGCAUCAACUACACAUCAAGCUUGGCAUCAGAAGGUGAGCAGCGCCAAACCUCCUUUCAGGUAGCGACAAAGGCCCUUCAGAACAAACAACGGCUUGGACAACGCAAGAAUGGCAUGGAGGGCCCAACCACCAUUAUGUCAGAUUUAUCAAACCCUUGGGUUAUGCCGAACUUUUUUCUUUAUAAAGUAAGCCUAGACAAGUCACAACUACCCUCACACCAUGUCGCUAGUGAUCGCAUCCGCCGAGACGAUCUUUUCUUGACAAAGUUCGAUCCCCAGUUCUCGCCUUUUGAAGAUGACAAGACAACACAUACCAACUUUGCAAUUGAGCUACCCAACGGUGUUAGAGGCAGCUGUACCCCUGAUUUUCUUUUCAUGAUAUCAGCCAUGAUUGAAAAGCUGCAAGUCAAGCACCCGACAAAUAUCAUCGAUUCGCUUCAGAAAAAUGUUAUUUCUGACAUCGUAGGCUACGAAAAGUCACUGAAGAAGCCUAAGAAGUCGACUAGCAUUGCAAUUCGAACACCGACUAUACUCAUGAAACUAGUAAACUUGUCCGAAACUCCCAGCAAAUACGAAUCAGGUUUCCGAGAUGAGUAUAACGUCGAGGUCGCCCAUUUGAAGACAGAGAUUAGGAUAAAGGUUGAGAGAGAGAGGGGCGAUCUUCUUGCGGGAAUAAGAAAGAGUUCCACCCUUCAUGCCGCCGCCGAAAGUCUCUCUUUAUCCGUUGAGGGCACUCGAGCUGAUGCCUAUCAAGAAAAGGCUGAACUUACCUGUGUCUUUGGUGACAUGAACUUUUGGUUUGUAACAAAGCCUAUGGUGAAAUCGAACUUUCAGGCCAGAGCUUUCGAUAUUGUAACCUUCACAAAAUCGGUGGAGCAUCUUGCUUAUCUAGUUCGCCGUACAACUACAAUGCUCGACUCUGUCACGUCGUCCUUCCAGCAUAGUUCAUCCCUGGAGAGCAGGCGCUUACGUUUCCUCAUAUAUUCCCUUACUCAACCAGCUGCCAACAUACCAGAUCCUGUGUUCCUUACACGGAUCUCGUAUGUACUCAGAGUCGCACCUACACACGUGCGACAGCACGAUUCUUGGAAGAUAAUCUCCCGCAUCCGUGAUGUAUAUAACAAUCUACCACCUCACCGGAAGGAAGUCUUGAUUUCAAGAUGUCUUAAUGAUGACCUUUCGUUGCCAUCUAAUGCUAGGACCAGUGUGCUCUCCAGCUUCGACGAGUGGCGAGCUUGGGAUCUAGCGCAUGUUGGGAAGAGCUACGUCAUGCAAAGAGUGUGGAAUUCCUUCUCACCAAAGAUGGAGAGUACCUCAACAGCAGCGUUCUUCUCAUCUACUAUGAAAUUGUUUCGCUUUUCUAUCGAUCCCGGGCCAAAGGAAAGCGAUUUUGUGCUCGAGGACCUGUCCACAGUUUUGUCUAUCAACCCACAGAAUGGGACGCCUUCGGGUGCCGGGGAAACCCCAAGGUCAUUGACAAUUGUACAAUCGUACUGCUCCUCUAUUAGGCUUCGUCUACGAUGGGAGAUUCUCGACCUAGUAGAAGGGCUAUUACGAAUAAUGUCCACAGUCACCUUGGAAUCUACUACGCCAACACAGGGCUCACGUACCGAGCCAAAAGAGGCCAGUGAGUUGCAACUUGUACUCGGCGCUGAUGUUGGAUCAAUAGCCCUCGAUGGUAUCAAUGUCAAGCUAGCAUUGGCUGGGCGAGGCUUAAGAAGCUCUAUCGUUAGGAGACUACACGGCACUAGCAGCCCGGACUGUCUGACUGCACUGUUAAGUGCUCAAGCAUGCUCUUCUGAAUUAUCUGAUCUUUCUAAAGUGAUCAUGUCUUGGAAGAUUGGGGAGCCCCAUAUGUAUUGUUCGCGUGUUUCUAAGGGAAACGAAACAGAACUGGAGCAUGAGUGGAAAAUCGCAGGUUCAAGCAGAAGGCUCCGAUAUGACAUGAGAGAAGACCCAUUAAGCCUCGCCCAUAUUGCGGACCGACUCAUAGAAGAUGAAGUUCGAUAUAUUCACCGGCUUGUCACCAACAUAAAACUCCCAGCUCACCAAGUGAACGAGAAUAUUACAGCGGCAAAGACCUGCAACAAAUUUCAUAUCGCGAUGUUCUUGGGUGAUUAUCGACUCAGUUUUUGCAUUCUGCCAUCCUUGACAUACGUAAUCUCUGGUGAAGUCGCACGAACAUCCAUGGUACCGACGAUGGGAUCCAAAGUUGAAGUAGACUUCGACUUAAAAAAGAACUUGCAUACCUUCCUGUCCAACAACGGCGAAGGUUGGCACCCUCUAUCUGUGUUAGAGAUACCACCUAUCAAUGGUCGAGUUGUUGCAAAUAUGUCACCAAUUCGUACGGACAUUGAGGUUGACGUUACAAUUGAACUAAUUCAGUUAGAGGCCAGUGCUGUACGAAGCCUUCUGGGAGCCUUAACGAGACCAGAGUUCUCUCACUUAAUGUCUGAUCUUCAGCAAAAUGUGGAAACGCUACGUCUGCACCUUAACAACGCCCUUGCUCUCGAUAAAGCACCCCCACAACAAACAGAACUCUCUCAUGGUCAUAACUUGCUGUACAAGGCGCGCAUGACAAUGGCAGGCACGGAGAUACAUGCCAGUGCUCCUGCUAUAAAUGGGAAAAACUAUACGGCAGACAUGGAGAUAAGCUUUGGAAUGAUGCGCAUGCACCUCGACAAUGGUCUGGAACAGGGGCACCCCAUGGAAUACCCAGAUUUCCACAUCGAUACGUCCAACAUCCGCUUCGACUUGCGAAAACAAGAGGCUACUAUAAGUCGCUCAUAUUGUAGUUUUUCCAUUGACGCCAAGCUCCAGGGAACCUCGACGAUACGUGAAAAUGGAGAGACCAGGAGGGUCUUUCAUUUCAGCAGCAAAAGAUUUGAUGUCGAGCUGUUUCCCGAGACCGCAGCGCUGGUUAUUGACAUGGCUACUCAUCUCCAGGAACGUAUCAAAACAUUGGAUCUUUCCCAUGAAGUCAAGCGUUUUAAGAAGUUACGAAGACGAGGCAACACCGUACCAAGAGCUCCGAGCAUACAUGUCAAUGAUGACGCCCGCUCGGAGGACCUGUUCACCGCUAUGUUUUUCUUAGACCUGAACCACAUUCAAAUUGGCUGGAAUAUGUCUACCGUACCGCUGCUUAGAUCUGCGCGCAAACCUGAUGAUUUGGUUUUCUCUAUCAAGCGCGUGGAGCUGUCUAACAAGAGAACAAAUGCAGCCAAACUACGUAUUGAAGAUAUGCAGCUGCAAAUGGUCCCAUAUUCAGGUAAUAGGCGCAAGCGAUCUCUUAAUUCGGCUCUACUGCCUGAGCUAGUCUUCAAUGUGGCAUACUCCUCGGCCGGUCAAGAGGUCCGACUUGCUUUUCAAGCUGCCGGGAAAUCUUUAGAUAUACGAGCUACUUCCGAUUUUAUACUACCGGGAAGCAUGAUUCGGGACUCUAUGGCGGCCUCUAGCCGAGUCAUCCGCGAGGCUAAUUCUACACUGGUGUCAAAAUCACCUGAUGAGAACUCCAAACCUAGUGCGCUUUUUGGAAACAAGCGCUUUCGGUCUGUGCUGGUGGAUGUGGAUUUUGCUGGUGCUAUCGUGUCUCUGCAAGGAAGACAUACUGGAGACCAACAGACUUUGCUGACAGCCACUCUAAAAGGAAGCAGAUUGACAGAGGCGAAGUACGGCCAGUAUAUCCAAGGUGAUGCGGUAGCCACCGCAACAUUCAGAGCCCCUGGGGUAGCGUUGAAAGUACAGUUCGAGGACAAUAAUCAAGAUGACCCACGGCUUAAUGCAGAGCUGAAGAUCGAUGCAUCUACCAAUGUCUUAUACCCAAGCCUUGUCCCUUUACUAAAGCAAAUGACCGCUACCGUCAAAGAAGUCAUGGGAGGCAACAAUAAGCCUAGAAGGCCAUCUGGCACAAUGAUGCUUCAGCCGCAGAAAUUGAUGCAGGAGGCUCCACUCGACAUGGAUUCUAAGGACACCAUCCUUGGGAGAUGUAAAUUGAACGUUGGCCUCUUAAUAUGCAAGCAGGAGUUCAGCUUGAGCUGCCAACCAAUUGCUCGUGUUGCAGCCACAGCUAAAUUUGAUAGCGUCUAUGUCACGAUCAAUACGGUGCAAGCUGAUGAAUACGGUCGAUUUCUAGCACUUCUCGUGGCUUUUAAUUCCUUAGAAGCCUCCGUGAAGCACGUGUAUUCAAAUGAAUCCACCGCGAGUUUCGAAGUGAACUCCAUGGUCAUGUCUCUUAUGAAUAGCAAACACCUCGGCAAUUCAAAAGGUAUAUCUGUUGUCCUUAGGAUCAGCCCGAUGCAAGUGGCACUCAAUGCCAAACAAGUUCAGGAUUUCCUACUUUUCCGCGAAAUAUGGUUGCCGGCGAAUGACAAUGUUGAUGCCAAGCCAACCUUCCAGCCACAGUCGACCGAGACACAGGCAUAUAUCGUUCAGCGGUAUCAACAGGUGGCAUCGGCAUCGGCAUUCCCCUGGAACACGACGAUUUCAAUCGAGAAGUUGGAAAUCCAGCUUGAUCUGGGGUCCUCCCUUGGGAAAGCUCAGUUUGCCAUUAACGACUUGUGGCUGUCGUCAAAGAAGUCUUCUGACCGGGAACAGACCCUCUGCGUAGGCGUCAAGACGACCGGGGUAGAAAGCAAAGGCCGAAUGAGCGGAUUGGUUGAGCUCCAAACGCUCAAAGUACAAACGUCAAUACAGUGGCCGGACGACACUCUUCAGAACAAGACACCGCUCAUUCAGGCCUCAGUCUCCUUCAAUCUUUUCCAAGCAAAGGUCUCUUUUGACUACCAGCCUUUCCUUAUUUCAAACAUUACAAUGUUCGACUUCUUGAUGUACAAUGUAUACAGUGCGUCUGGUGCAGGACACCAACGGCUCUUCAGCAUUUUGGAAGGAGAUCAAAUGCAAGUUUUCUGCACAAGCCUGACCGCAUCACAGGCUGUAGCAUUGUACCAAGCCUGGCAACGGCUAGUGCAAGAUAAACAGGCCUCGUACGAAGCUGCGCUACGCGAGGUUGAAAGAUACAUGCGUCGAAGGUCGUCAGUGUUCUCUAGUAAAGCAGAUUUACCGUCCAAGGAUGUGGCUGAAGGUACAGACGACAGGGAAGAAAAAGCACCGAUCUCUCUUCAAACAGGUGUUGCGGUCACGAUAAAUUCUGUCAACAUCGGCGUCUUCCCCAGCUCUUUCUUCGAUAACCAUGUACUGAGGCUGGACGCACACGAUGCGCAGGCUCGCUUUGAUGUAUCGCUCCAAGAAGGUAAAAUCCACAGCGCUUUGGGGCUCACGCUCGGCCAGUUACGCGUUGCACUGUCCGGAAUUGUGCGGUGUGGUCCAACGGAGGUUGAGGAGCUUCUUGUUGGCGAGAUUGCCAACCGUGUGUUAGCAUCCAGCGGCGGCACAAUCCUCAAGGUCCCUCGGCUUGUGGCCCUGAUGGAGACCUGGCAAGUUCCCGGUAUGCAGCAAAUCGACUAUAUCUUCCGAAGCACGUUUGAAGGGAAAGUUGAUGUUGGAUGGAAUUACUCGCGCAUCAGCUUUAUCAGGGACAUGUGGGAAUCUCAUUCCCGCGCAUUGACCUCCAGGCUUGGAAAACCCCUGCCGCCAUCCGCAGUGCGUAUCACAGGCGGGUUGAAUGAAGGUGGCGGCGACAAGAAGGACCAACAGCAGGAGAAGAUCACAGCGGUCGUGAACGUCCCACAAUCCAAGUACACAUAUGUUGCGCUGGAGCCGCCGGUAAUCGAGACGCCGCAGCUCCGCGAUAUGGGUGAAGCGACCCCACCGCUGGAAUGGAUCGGGCUUCAACGUGACAAGCUGCCCAACAUCACCCAUCAAAUAAUCAUCGUGACAUUACUGGAAAUUGCAAAGGAAGUAGAAGAUGCAUACGGAAAGAUCCUAGGAUCAUCCUGAACUCCUCGUGUUCCUGGGGCCGUCCAGCGGCCUGCGUCAUGCAUGCUACUGCAUGUUGAUCGAUUAGUGUUGAGAACUCUGAUAUAUGUACAUAGUCGAUUUUGCCUGUACAGUACAUACAUAUUUUAAUGUGCAUGCAUGCAUGCAUGCGCACCUACAUAGAAAGUAAUAUAUAUCGAUUUUAAUUGAAAGCGAAGACAUCAUUUAGCAGUAGUUGUUAUCCAAAGUAGCCGAGGAACAUCCUGCUCUUGGUGGGAGAGAUUAGUAGUAGUAUCUUUCCAUAGAUGUUUGCUGAUGGUGGAGCAACCAAUGAUAUACUUAUAGAGUACCUAAUGGUACCGAUUGUGGUGGUGGAAUGAUCGACUAGUACUAGUUAUGGUAUGGUAUGGUAUGAUAAGAUACGAUAGGAUGAUUUAUGGUAUGGUAAC